UCUCAUAACGUUUUCGUUGGCUGCGCGAGACGGUUGUGUGUACUUUCGGCGGGCGCAUUAAUUUCUCGCUUGAAAUUUUGAAAACUUGAAUAUUGCAUGCAAACACAACACUUAUAUAGCCAUUGGCACUGAGAGAUACUGCCUACCCACAUACCUACUGACACGAUGUCCGGACAGCAAGCAACUUCGGUGCUGGUGUUUUUUGUGAAUGGAAAAAAGGUGACGGACACGAAUCCCAACCCAGAAUGCACGCUGCUCACCUACCUGCGGGAUAAGCUGCGGCUGUGCGGCACGAAGCUGGGCUGUGCCGAGGGCGGCUGUGGCGCCUGCACGGUGAUGAUAUCCCGCAUGGAUCGCGGCCGGAAUCAGAAGAUCAGGCAUCUGGCGGUCAACGCCUGCCUCACGCCCGUCUGUGCCAUGCACGGAUGUGCCGUGACCACGGUGGAGGGUAUCGGCAGCACCAGGACGCGGCUGCACCCCGUCCAGGAGCGCUUGGCCAAGGCCCACGGAUCGCAGUGUGGCUUCUGCACGCCGGGCAUAGUGAUGUCCAUGUACGCACUGCUGCGCAAUGCCGAGCAACCGUCGAUGCGGGACCUGGAGGUGGCGUUUCAGGGCAAUCUUUGCCGCUGCACCGGCUACCGGCCCAUCCUCGAGGGCUACAAGACCUUCACCAAGGAGUUCGCCUGCGGCAUGGGCGACAAAUGCUGCAGAGUAAACGGCAAGGGAUGUGGUGCCGGCGGCGACGGCGACGAUCCGGAAUCCGUGACGGAUGGCUCUUUGUUUGAGCGCAGCCAGUUUCAGCCGCUCGACGCCAGCCAGGAGCCCAUCUUUCCGCCCGAGCUGCAGCUGAACUCCGCCUAUGACAGCGAGAGUCUGAUCUUCAGCUCCGAGCGGGUCAGCUGGUACCGUCCGACCAGCCUGCAGGAGCUGCUGCAGCUAAAGUCCGCUCAUCCAACGGCCAAGCUGGUGGUGGGGAACACGGAGGUCGGGGUGGAGGUCAAGUUCAAGCACUUCCUCUACCCGCACCUGAUCAAUCCCACGCAGGUGGCGGAACUGCUGGAGGUGCGCGAGUCGGAGGAGAGCAUUUACUUUGGGGCUGCCGUCAGCCUGAUGGAGAUCGACGCCCUUCUGCGGCAGCGCAUCGAGGAGCUGCCGGAGACGCAGACGCGCCUCUUCCAGUGCGCCGUGGACAUGCUGCACUACUUUGCCGGCAAGCAGAUCCGCAACGUGGCCUGUCUGGGCGGCAACAUCAUGACGGGCAGCCCCAUCUCGGACAUGAAUCCCGUGCUGACAGCCGCCGGCGCUCGCCUGCAGGUGGCCAGCCUCGCAGGCGGCAAAAUAAGCCAGCGAACUGUCCAUAUGGGCACGGGCUUCUUCACCGGCUAUCGGCGCAACGUCAUCGAGCCGCACGAGGUGCUGCUGGGCAUCCACUUCCAGAAGACCACUGCGGACCAGCAUAUUGUGGCCUUCAAGCAGGCGCGUCGUCGCGACGACGACAUUGCCAUUGUCAAUGCGGCCGUCAAUGUGCGAUUCGAGCCGCAGUCCAACGUUGUGGCGGAGAUUUCCAUGGCAUUCGGCGGCAUGGCCCCCACAACGGUGCUGGCGCCUCGCACCUCCCAAUUGAUGGUGAAGCAGCCCCUGGAUCAUCAGAUGGUGGAGCGCGUGGCGGAGAGUCUGUGCGGGGAGCUUCCAUUGGCGGCGUCCGCACCGGGCGGCAUGAUUGCCUAUCGCCGCGCUCUCGUGGUCAGCCUCAUCUUCAAGGCCUACCUCGCCAUCAGUCGCCGGCUCAGCGAGGCGGGCAUCAUUGCCGGCGACGCCAUUCCGCCGGAGGAGCGCAGCGGCGCAGAGCUCUUCCACACGCCCACGCUGCGCAGUGCGCAGCUCUUUGAGCGCGUCUGCAGCGCACAGCCCGUCUGUGAUCCGAUCGGAAGGCCGGCGGUGCACGCCGCUGCCCUGAAGCAGGCGACCGGCGAGGCCAUAUACACGGACGAUAUUCCGCGCAUGGAUGGCGAGCUUUAUCUGGGACUGGUGCUGAGCACAAAGCCGCGGGCCAAGAUCACCAAGCUGGAUGCCAGCGAUGCCUUGGCCCUGGCGGGAGUGCAUGCGUUCUUCAGCCACGAGGAUCUGACGGCGCACGAGAACGAGGUGGGUCCGGUCUUUCACGACGAGCACGUAUUCGCCGCCGGAGAGGUGCAUUGCUACGGCCAGAUCGUGGGCGCCGUGGCGGCCGACAACAAGGCGCUGGCCCAGCGCGCGGCGCGUCUCGUGCGUGUCGAGUACGAGGAGCUGGCUCCGGUCAUUGUCACCAUCGGGCAGGCCAUCGAGCACGGCUCCUACUUUCCCGACUAUCCGCGCUACGUGACCAAGGGCAAUGUGGCGGAGGCCUUCGCGCGGGCGGAGCACACCUACGAGGGCAGCUGUCGCAUGGGUGGCCAGGAGCACUUCUAUCUGGAGACGCAUGCGGCCGUGGCCGUGCCCCGCGACAGCGACGAGCUGGAGCUCUUCUGCUCCACCCAGCAUCCGUCGGAGGUGCAGAAGCUGGUGGCCCAUGUGACCGCGCUGCCCGCCCACCGGGUCGUGUGCCGUGCCAAGCGUCUGGGCGGCGGUUUUGGCGGCAAGGAGUCGCGCGGCAUAUCCGUGGCUCUGCCGGUGGCCUUGGCUGCCUAUCGACUGCGUCGUCCGGUGCGCUGCAUGCUGGACCGCGACGAGGAUAUGCUGAUCACCGGCACUCGCCACCCCUUCCUCUUCCGGUACAAGGUGGCCUUCAGCAGCGACGGCCUCAUCGCAGCCUGCGACAUCGAGUGCUACAACAAUGCGGGCUGGUCCAUGGAUCUGUCCUUUUCGGUCUUGGAGCGUGCCAUGUACCACUUUGAGAACUGCUACCGCAUACCCAAUGUGCGCGUCGGGGGCUGGGUCUGCAAGACGAAUCUGCCAUCGAACACGGCCUUUAGGGGAUUCGGCGGGCCGCAGGGCAUGUUUGCCGGCGAGCACAUCAUCCGGGAUGUGGCCCGAAUCGUGGGUCGCGAUGUGCUGGACGUGAUGCGUUUGAAUUUCUACAAGACGGGCGACCUCACCCACUACAACCAGCAGCUGGAGCACUUUCCCAUCGAGCGCUGCCUGGACGACUGCCUCGCGCAGUCGCGCUACCACGAGAAGCGCGCAGAGGUCACCAAAUUCAACCGGGAGAAUCGGUGGCGCAAGCGCGGCAUGGCCGUGAUUCCGACCAAGUACGGCAUCGCCUUCGGGGUGAUGCACCUGAACCAGGCUGGUGCCCUGAUCAACGUCUAUGGCGACGGCUCGGUGCUGCUGUCGCAUGGCGGCGUCGAGAUUGGCCAGGGCCUCAACACCAAGAUGAUUCAGUGUGCCGCCCGGGCGCUGGGCAUUCCCAUUGAGCUGAUUCACAUAUCGGAGACGGCAACGGACAAGGUGCCGAACACCUCGCCCACGGCGGCCAGUGUCGGCUCCGACAUCAAUGGAAUGGCCGUGCUGGACGCCUGCGAGAAGCUGAACAAGCGGCUGGCGCCCAUUAAGGAGGCCCUGCCGCAGGGCACCUGGCAGGAGUGGAUCAACAAGGCGUACUUCGAUAGGGUCAGCCUCUCGGCCACGGGCUUCUAUGCGAUGCCCGGCAUCGGCUACCAUCCGGAGACGAAUCCCAAUGCUCGCACCUACAGCUACUACACCAACGGCGUGGGCAUCAGCGUUGUGGAGAUCGACUGCCUGACUGGGGAUCACCAGGUGCUCAGCACGGACAUCGUGAUGGAUAUCGGAUCGAGCAUCAAUCCGGCCAUUGACAUUGGCCAGAUCGAGGGCGCCUUCAUGCAGGGCUACGGGCUCUUUACGCUCGAGGAGCUCAUGUAUUCGCCGCAGGGCAUGCUCUAUUCGCGGGGUCCGGGCAUGUACAAGCUGCCCGGCUUUGCCGACAUUCCCGGCGAGUUCAAUGUCAGCCUGCUGACGGGCGCACCCAAUCCGCGCGCCGUCUACUCCUCAAAGGCCGUGGGCGAGCCGCCGCUCUUCAUAGGGUCGUCGGCUUUCUUUGCCAUCAAGGAGGCCAUUGCAGCUGCCCGCCAAGAGCAGGGCUUGACCGGGGACUUCCCGCUGGAGGCGCCCUCAACGUCCGCCCGCAUUCGCAUGGCCUGCCAGGAUAAAUUUACCAAUCUGCUUGAAAUACCCGAGGCAGGCAGCUUUACUCCUUGGAAUAUUGUGCCCUAAGCAUUGAUCCCGCACUCUCCGACACCUGGAGAGCUAUUUUACUGCACGUGACUUUGUACAUAGUUCAAUCGAAUAAAUGUUUGCGUUAAUUAUA